AAAACGAUGGUCGCGACAUUUGUGUCAAAAGCAUGUCAUAUUGCAACAAUUCCUCUUAAUGAGCAAAGAACUGUUACUGCGAAUUGGUAUACCACCAUUUGUUUGCCAAAAGUCAGCACCGAUCUUCGAAAAAUCAACCCCGAAAGAAGAAUCAUCCUCUACCAAGACAAUGCAAGCUCGCACACAGCCCAAAAAACAAGGCAGUAUUUAACGGAAGAAAACGUGGAAUUAUUGAACCAUCUUCCAUAUAGUCCCGAUCUAAGUCCUAACGAUUUCUUUACUUUCCCGAAAAUUACAAACAGACUGCGUGGUCGAAGGUUCCAGUCACCAGAAGAAGCAGUUGACGCAUUCAAAAAUGCCGUUUUGGAUCUGCCAGCAAACGAGUGGAAUAAGUGCUUCGAAAAUUGGUUCGAGCGCAUGCAGAUGUGUAUUAAUCUUCGUAGAAAAUACUUCGAAAAACAAUAA